CGUCUCUUCUCCCCACCAAGGCACCAGCCACCAAGUACUAUCACGCGCGCCGGCCACUCUAUCCUUUCUCAUCCUCGUAACUUCCUCUCUUUUGUUUCCUUUCUCUCUGUCAAACUCAAACGUUGCUCUCAUCUCUCACUCUCUGUCUCUCUCGUCGUCGGCCGUCGGACUCACUUACCGGCAACUGCGCUCAAAGCCUCAACUUAAGUACUUAUCGGGACUGCACUCAAACUCUUGCCCUCUUCGACUUCGAUUACUGGCAAGAUUAACACCACUUUGAUUUCGAUUGUUUUCGUUAUUCAACGUUCUUGCUUCUUCGCCGUUCAACUAUUUAUCGACGACUGCGCUCAACUCUUGCUUCUUCGACUCAGAUUUUGCAGACUAUAAAUAACACAAAUAAGGGAGUUUUGGAAUUGCACAAAAGAUCAAGAUGUCAUCAAUCAGAAAUGCAAUCUCGAAAAGGGCGUAUAAGGAGCGAUCGCAACCGGCUUCAAGGAAAAAGUUUGGGUUCCUUGAAAAGCACAAGGACUAUGUCAUCCGAGCAAGAGAAUUCCAUAAAAAAGAGGAUACAUUGCGAAGACUCAAAGAAAAGGCGGCAAAUAGGAACCCUGAUGAAUUUUAUUUUCGCAUGAUCAGAACUAAGACAGUAAAUGGAGUCCAUAGACCUGAGAGCGAGGCAAACAAGUAUACACCUGAAGAACUUUUGUUGAUGAAAACACAAGACAUAGGUUAUGUGCUUCAGAAAAUCCAAAGUGAAAAGAAGAAAGUUGGAAAGCUUAAAGCUAUAUUACAUUCUUUGGAUAUUCGGCCCUUAAGCAAACACAUUUACUAUGCAGAGGACAGUGAAGAGGCUAAUGAGAUACAAUCAAGAUCCUCAAAGAAGGAUGAGCUUCCUACAUCAGGGUCUGUACCUUAUGCUAUCAAGAGAAAAACAGAUGCUUCCUAUAGGGAGCUAGAGGCAAGAAUGAAAAGAAUUGAAGAUUUGGAAAAGGUCCAUGCAGAGAUGGCUUUGCAGAAAGAGCUACAGUAUCAAUUCACACUUUUAUUAUGA